CAGGCGGCGCACUCGGGGGACGGAGCAGUGCUGUCUGCGGGAGCCGCAGGUGAAAACAGGAUGGAGAGUUCACAGUUGCCCCCAACGCAGGAAAUUUCUAAAGUUUCUAAGUCACCUGAUAGGACCUCAGUAGUACUCUGUGGAGUGAUUCCUGGAGGAUCAGAAGCUGGGGAUUCCUGUGAAGAGGCUUUAGAGAAGCUAGAAGCUCAACCCUUAAGUGAAGAAGGGACCAAACUGGAAAGUGAUUUUUUGGAAAUAACGCAGGAGGAUAAAAAUAAAUCCACAAAAGAUGAAUGUGAUGAAUGUAGGGAACUUGGGGAACAUCCAGAUGUGUCCUCCAGUCCUGCAGAACAUCAGGGAGUUCUGAAGGGACAGAAAUUCUAUCGAUGUGAUGAAUGUGGCAAAGCUUUUAAUUGGAGUUCACACCUCAUUGGGCAUCAGAGAAUCCACACUGGAGAGAAACCCUAUGAGUGUAAUGAGUGUGGCAAGACCUUCAGGCAGACCUCUCAGCUCAUAGUCCAUCUCAGAAUCCACACAGGGGAAAAGCCCUUUGAAUGUAGUGAUUGUGGAAAGACCUAUCGCCACAGUUCUCAUCUCAUUCAACACCAGAGACUCCAUACUGGGGAGAAACCGUAUAAAUGUAAUGAAUGUGGAAAAGCUUUCAAUGAGAGUUCCAAACUCUUUGACCAUCAAAGAACACAUACUGGAGAGAAACCAUAUGGAUGCAGUGAGUGUGGAGCUGUCUUUAGUCGGAGUAAAAGCCUUGUCCGCCAUCAGGUACUUCACACUGGUAAGAAACCUUACAAGUGUAAUGAGUGUGGGAAAGCUUUCUCUUCUAAUAGAAAUCUUAUUGACCAUCAAAGAAUCCACACUGGGGAGAAGCCUUAUGAGUGUAAUGAAUGUGGCAAGGCCUUCAGUCGGAGCAAAUGUCUUAUUCGACAUCAGAGUCUCCACACUGGAGAAAAACCAUACAAAUGCAGUGAGUGUGGGAAAGCCUUCAAUCAGAUCUCACAACUUGCUGACCAUGAGCGAAUUCAUACUGGUGAAAAACCUUUUGAAUGUACUGAGUGUGGAAAGGCAUUCAGUCUGAGUAAAUGUCUCAUUCGACAUCAGAGACUUCACACAGGUGAAAAGCCCUAUAAAUGCAGUGAAUGUGGAAAAUCCUUCAAUCAGAACUCAUACCUCAUUAUUCAUCAGAGAAUUCACACUGGUGAGAAACCUUAUGAAUGUAAUGAAUGUGGGAAGGUCUUCAGUCAUAAUUCUAGCCUCAUGGUACAUCAGAGAACCCAUACUGGAGAGAAACCCUAUAAAUGCAGAGAUUGUGAGAAAGCCUUUCGUGACAGCUCACAACUCACUGUGCACCAAAGAGUUCACACUGGAGAGAAACCCUAUGAAUGUAUUGAGUGUGGGAAAGCCUUCAGUCAGCGUUCUACUUUCAAUCACCACCAGCGAACUCACACUGGAGAGAAGCAUUCAGGUCUGGCUUGGUCUGCUUCUUAAGGCAUGAUUCUCUAAGACAGCAAGGAACUUUGGGUUAAGGUUUCUACAUAAGAAGUGUAUUCACCCUGGUCUCUGCUUGGAACCAGUAAUCAAAGUGGGUCAUUCCCUAAAUGCUCUCUGCUGGUCAUGAAGCUGGGAGAGUGGAAUUUAACAGUGCAGUCCUCCUCCAUUAUUGGGAAAGUAAGGACUAUACAUUGCAUGUGCUUGUAGGCUUCCCUUUUCUGCCCUCCCCCCACUUUUGGCUGCGCUAUGUGGCAUGUGGUAUCUUCCCUGACUUGGAAGGGAACCUGUGCCCACAGCAAUGAAAGCAUGAAGUCCUAACCACUGGACCACUAGGGAAUUCCCUCCUUUCACUUAUUAAAAAAGUUAAACUCUAUCUUGUAUCUUAGUUUUGCAUCCCGUAAUUCUCAAGGAAAGAGAUAUUUCCUUAUUCUAUUCCACCUCCUCCAUUUUACCAUUUAUAUUUAAGUCAUUCUCAAGACUCUGAGUCAUUCUUUCUACCUAAGUGUGGCCCUUUUAAAACUACUUUAAUGUAGACCCAUAUCACUUGUGUUCUCUACCCAGAAAAGCUUUUCUUCUUCCUGUUUGCCAGUCUGUGUCCCUUGAACCUUUAAGAUCCAGGUUAUCUCUGAAGGACUUUGUUCUUCAAAUGCUCCUUUUUUUCCUCCUAACCCUCUGUUGAUUGAUCUCGAUGUUUUGAAUUAGCCUGUGCUAUUAUUUGCAAUUGUUACGUAAUUGCCUUGUCAAUUCUCAAUGCGAUGCUUUUGUGUAACCUUUUAUACUAACUUCAUGUAGGCUUUGAGGUUGAGUAUGGUUUCCUAUUUCUUUUAGCAUAGAGAUAAUGCUUUGCAUAUUUUAAGUUGUUAAAUAACUUAAAAUCUCACCUCUCCAAUUGAACCAUGCUUAAAGUGGGCAUGAACUCCCCUUUCACCACUGGUCCUAAAACUUCUAAAGAUGGUUAUCAGGAUAUCACAUACAAAGGCCUCAUUCAUAUCUUCUACUUGUGUCCUUCAGAGUCUUACUACUAUUCCCUUAGCCUCAAAGAACUAAUGGAUUUAUGUUUUGAGUGUGUGCAUGUGUACGUGUGUGUGUGUGUGUGUGUGUGUGUGUGUGUAGGUAUUGGAGGCAGCAGUUGUGUUCCACUAACAUGUACUUUGCCAUGAAUGCUGACUCCAGUUCUGUACUAGCUUUCUCCACCCUGCUGUUGAAGUAAACAAGAACAGCAUCAAAGUUACUGCAAAGAAGACUCAAUUUUCAUGGCAAUGAUGAUUCAGAAUUUCAGUUACUAGCAUUUUUGGAUGUUUGGAAUUAACAGUAAUGUAGUUUGUGACAAGAUAAUAGAGUCACACUAUUCUGAUUUCCUUAUCAACUAGUUCUGUCUACCUGCAACUGCCAUCUGAUUUCUAGGUGAGAGGUGGACCCUUAAUUAUAGUGAUGAUCUCCUGGGCCAACUUUUGUACCUCAGAGGCAUAAGAAACAGAAAAUCUUUUCAGGGGAUUUUUCUCUUCUACAGUCAUAUAUCAGACAUAAGCUUUUUCUUUCCUAACUUGUAAUAGGGCCUCAAUGCUAGGGGAUCUUUGCCUGGUAUCUUCCUGCUUCCUCCUAGCAAUAUGACAGGAUUGGCAUUGUGGCGGAGGAGGAGGAGGAGGUUAGGGGGCAAUGUCAGGCAUAUAACCUGGAGUGGAGAGAUUUUUGUGAGCUGUGACUUAUGUCUCCAAGACAGAGGAGAAGAAAGGGAACAGAGUUGAGGCUCAGGAAAAGGAGUAGAUACAAUUCUGGGUGAGGCAUCUUAGACAAGGCUCGAAAGAACAUUAACUAGGGACCUAAAAAAUUACUGAACAGAGGACAGGACUGGAAACAUGCCAUUUGUAUGUAUUUUAAAUUUCUAUUAUAGCUGUAUUUCUGGUGUUUAUUUUCAUUUUUUUUUUUAAACCGAUAGGACUUUCUUUUUUAAAAUGUUUUACUUUGGAAGCCCCCAGAUUCCAGGGGAGAGCCUAAUCCCAUAUGAACACACAGGUCCAUCCUUCUACUCUGAUUUCAACAUGACUGGUCAUAACUUCAGUAGAACCCUGUCUGUUGAAUGUUGUAAUUUUUUAUCUUCUGGUUUUGCUCAUACCCUACCACACUAAAUCCCUGGAGGGAGACCUCCAGCACUGUUCAUAAGUGGUGGUGGUUGGUUAGCCAACCACUACCAGUCCAGGGUAGGUCCAGUAGAAGUGAAUGUCCUCCCUUCCUAGAAGAGCACUCAGGCUCUUGGUUGCAGGAAAAGGGGCUGCGUUUGAAAGCCACACCUCAGCUUCUGUUGGUUAUUGCUAGUAUUUUAAAAAUUACUGAUUAAAAAAAAAUUUACCUGGAUCCAUUUACCUCAUUAGUUUUGAAGUGUUUUUUAGUUUCAUUUCCUAGCAUUUCUAGGUAUACAAUAAAUAACAAUUAGUGUUCUCUUAAUUUCUAAUCUGUAUGCCACUUACGUCAUGCACAGAGCACAGAUAUUUAAAACAACAACAACAACAAAGUUGAAUAGUGAAUAACAGGCAUUCCAUGUCUUGUUCCUAACUUUUGGGAGAAGGGUUUUCUAGCAUUUCAAAGUUUUAUAUGGGGUUCACCUUCAUUGUUUCUGAUAAGUAUUCUACUGUGUUUGGGACGUUUUCCUCUAUUCCUGUUUUUAGAAGAAACAAUAUGUUAUAAUGGUAAAGAGCACAGAUUUUGUGCCUGGAAGCCUAGGUUCAAAUCCUGCCUCCACCACUUUCUUUAGGUGUGUGAUCCUGGGCGAGUCACUUUGCUUCCUUUUGUCUUCCACGUGUAAAAUGGAGCUACCUCAUAGGACCUCGAGGAUAAAAUCAGUUCAUAAGUGUAAGGCACAAAACAAUACUUGGCAUGGAGUAUACACUAUAGCAAGUUAUUAUUAUACUUAAGUUUUCAUUAGGAAUGGAUGCUAUAUUCUAUCAGAAUUUUAAAAAUCUGUUGGUGUAAUAUUAUGGGUGUUAUCCUUUAUUCUUUUUGUAACUGAUUUUGUUGGCAAGUUUCCAAAUAAUUGAAAUUUCUUUGCAUUCCUGGAAUAAAAUCAAUUUUUUC